UUGAUAAACUAUUUGAAUCUGUAACGGAAAUCGAAUGCCUCGGUAAUGUAGCGGUGUGAACUUGGCACAAAGAUGGCGUCGCGUCACUCACGUCGCAUCAAGUUGCGCGCUAACUAAACGCACGUGUCUGUGCGUCUCAGAGUCACAAGAUGGCGAAAGAGAGUUUGCAGCUGAACUCUAAACACGUGCAAACAGACAACAGCUUCUCAGACUUGGAAAAGGAGCAAAAGAUUAUCGACAGGGCGCCUUUCGUUAAGCUCAAAAUACGGGAUGCCAAAAUUUUAGAUUCCAUUGAGGGCAGAGAGAUUUGCGAUAAGUGUUAUAAGUCGAGGAAAUUUUUUUGUUACUCUUGUUGCAGACCUGUUAUCGACGACCGAUACAUACCUCGAGUUAAGUUGCCAAUAAAAAUUGAUAUUAUCAAACACCCUCGGGAAAUCGAUGGCAAGAGUACGGCGAUUCACGCGGCAUUAAUAGCCCCAGAAGAUGUACGAAUAUACACAUAUCCAGAGUUUCCAGAAAUUUUGGCGGAUGACAAGGUAGUGUUGAUCUUCCCAAGUAAAACGGCAUGCAGUAUAGAAGAUCUGUUCACAAAGAAAGUUGACCAUGGAGGUCACUUAAACGAACAGAGAAUACAUCACGAAUUUCCUAUAACCCGAGCGAUUUUCAUCGAUAGUACCUGGCAUCAGACCAAAUCUAUUUACAAGGAUCCAAGACUUAGAGAACUGAACUGCGUUGUUUUGAAAAACCGUAUUUCCCAAUUCUGGAGGCAUCAAAAAUCGAGUCCAAGAUGGUACCUGGCCACGAUAGAAGCUAUCCAUCAGUUCUUGGUCGAGCUACAUACGACUGCGUUCGGCGCACUCGAAAACUACUCUGCCGAACCUCCAGAAGCAAUCGAGGCGAAAAAUCCAGUUGACGAUACUGCGGAGAGUUUUCUUACACAUAAAUACUCCGGACAAUACGAUAAUUUGUUAUAUUUCUUCAAGUACAUGUACGAAAAGAUUCACAGUAUUUACGAUCACGAUAAAUUGUGGGCGUACAAACGGCCGCUCAUAUAAAUCGAGAUAUGAUUAAGUUACCAUUAAUUUGUUUUCUAUACCAUCACGUAUUUUAUAGUACGAUAUUUAAACAAAAAAACGACCGGGUAAUGAAGAUAGAAGGACUUACGAGUCGAGUGUCCUUUAUCUCCUGUUAAGAUGGUCAAAAAUUUUGUCGAUCAAACAAUGUAUUUUAGUUAGCCGUUCUUCGCAAGCGUAUUCACGUCGAGGAGUUUGCUGUUACAUUAGUUUCUUGUCAGAAAGCCGAUUUCUGGCAUAAAACAAUGUCCUUGAAUAUAGUUUAUUGUAUACAUGUAUUAAUGAAAAUAUAUACAAGACACACGGUUGCUUAUUACGAGACAGCGUAAUUACAUGAUAUAUAUAAUAUAUAUUUAUGUAUAAUAUAUUGGUAUAAUAUUAAAUAAUAUUAUGUAAUCUAAAUUAACGAAUGGUUAUCAUAACGGUAGUUAUUAGAUACUACGGUUCUACAAUCUACACAAUAUGGCCAAUGCAAGACAUAAUCGGACAGUCAAUGGGAGAGUCGUAUUAUCAAUGUAAUACAGUAUCAUAUAAGGUCCAUCUUUAAUGUUCAACGAUUACUUAAGUUACACGUGUUU